CCCCCCCCCCCAAAAAAAACCCGCGACGAGAGGAUGAUUAGAUGCACCCUUCAAUCCCUCGACGAGAGGAUGACCAGAAGGAUUUUUUCCACGCGCGAUACCGGAGGGAGUAGGGAGGGUGUCGCACCCACCGCCGGCGGAGGGAGCAGGAAGGGGGCGGCGGAGGGAGCAGGAAGAGAGACCCGCGGCGGUCGGGCGGAGGGAAGCAGCGGCUCGUAUUCAAGCGUGCGAAGCGUCGGGGCCUCGCAGAUCAGGCUAGUGGGAGGCGGAGCGUCGGGGCAGGCAGCUGGGAGGCGGCCUGGUCCUGGCCGCCAGAGCGGCGAGCGCGCGGCCGGGGCGGACUCGGCGGCCGAGAGGUGCGGCAGGGGGCGGAGGGAGGCAUGGCGCAGGCCGGCCGAGACGAGCGGCGGUGGGCGGAGGGAGGCAGGGCGGCCGGCGUGCCCUGAGCUGCGCAGGUACGCAGGCAAAAGAGUAGAGGACGCGCCGGCGCAGUACCAAAAGAAAGGAGAAGAAAAAGGAAGUUUCGUGGAAGCCGCCUGGUGUGAAAGAAGAGUGAAGAUGUGAACUGAGGACGUUGGAGUCAAAUGUUGCGGGUACUGCAGGAGGAGGCGUGCUCGUUUUUCCACGCUCAAACAGAGGGCUGUCGUUGCCGGACGAUCGACAUCGGACGGCGGACUGAAAUCUGGACGACGUGGACCUUCUAGCUGGCAGCGAAGCCUACGCGCUCACAUAUAGAAA